AAUGCACACAUCGCUUUAUCCUUCUUUAAUCGUUGGAUUUAAAUGUUCGUCCUCUCAUCUUGCAAUAUAGCAUACCAUAUUAAUACCGUUGUACCCAGGGUAAAUAGAAGAUUUAUAUCUCUACCUGCCUACCCACUCGAAAUACGUCAACCGAAACCAAAAUUAUCCCCGAGCCUUUCGCAAAUAAACUAAAGCGAUUUACCAAAAUUACUCUGUCACGAUUUAACGACAGACAAAAGUAUUUAUGAAGUUUUUAUCGGAAAGUAUGCCUAUAUGACGUACUUUCUAAUUCGGCAAUCAAAACAAAUAGUCUAACGAGAGAUUAUUGUGACACAGGGUAGAUAUUCGUGUAUACGUGGAUGUGUUAUAGGUUUUGGAUAUACAUGUACUUGUUAAACUUGUGAAAUGGAUACUUAUUUGUGAUAUAAGUUUUAAACAUUACAGACGCGAAUACGAACCAAGGUCGCGGCUCGGUUAGGUGUGCAAGAUGAGGACGCGACUGACGCUCGCGCUGAUGCUCUCCGUCUGUCUGUCGCUGAUCCCCGGGCUGCCCACCACGCCCAGCGACCCCCAGGCGCCGGGCUACUUCCUGAACACGUUCCUCGUGCAGGUGGAGGACAGGCAGACGGCGGAGAGGGUCGCCAGAGACAACGGCUUCCUACUCGAGGCGGAGUUGCCCCUAUUGAACAUGUACGUGCUGACUCACCCGGAUGUGACAUCACGGUCAAGACGCAGCGCUGACGACUACGUGAGCAAGCUGAUGGAGGACAACAGGGUGCGUUUUGCCGAGCAGCAAGUGGCUCUGAAGCGCGUGAAGCGGAGCCAUGGGAUCGUGUACGACAAGCAGCUGGAGUUCCCGAUCCGCGAGGUGGCCAACUACAGCGCCUUCUACCGCGUGCCCCAGAAGUUCAGCACGCGGGACGGCUCCUUGUUCGAUGAUGAAUUCUUCAAGGACCAGUGGUAUCUGCAAAACAAUGAGCAGACGGGCGGCAAGAGGGACAUCGACCUGCACGUGAUGCCCGUGUGGCAGCAGGGGUUUAAUGGCCUGGGUGUGCGUGUCACCACGCUGGAUGACGGCGUAGACCACGAGCAUCCUGAUAUCCGGAACAACUACGACGCAAGGGCGAGCGCCGACUUCAAUGACAAGAACGACAAGAAGAACGACCCUACCCCGGACAAGUCCAGUGCCGCUAACAGCCAUGGCACGCGCUGCGCGGGAGAGAUCGCGGCCGAGGCCGGAAACGGCAUCUGCGGAGUGGGUGUGGCAUUCCGUUCCUCCAUCGGAGGUAUUCGGAUCCUUGACGGCGUUGUGACAGAUGAGUUGGAGGCUCGGGCGCUGCUGUACGAGCACGACUACAUCCACAUAUACAGCGCCUCCUGGGGGCCGCACGAUGACGGCAAAACCAUGGAAGCGCCACAUACAGCGUGCCGGGAGGCGUUCCGCAAGGGCGUGGAGACUGGACGCAACGGUCUCGGGAACCUGUACAUCUGGGCCACCGGAAACGGCGGCGGCGACGACGACCACUGCGGCGCUGACGGCUACGUGGGAAGCAUCGAGAGCAUCUCCGUGCAGUCGCUGACAGACCACGGGGACAAGCCGUUCUUCGGGGAGCGCUGCUGCUCCACCAUGAUCGCCGUGCCGACGGGCGGCGAGGCAACUAAGAAAGAAGAGAUGAACGCCAUGUAUAAGAUCAAAGUGGUUACGACGGACUUGAACGGUGGAUGCGUGGAAAACUUUGAAGGCACCUCAAGCGCGGCGCCUCUUGCUUCCGGUGUCUACGCACUCGUGCUUCAGGCAAAUCCCAAUCUGACAUGGCGCGACGUGCAGCAUAUCACGGCAAAGGCGGCGCGGAUCCCCAUCGGCGGCGACGGCUGGACGAUCAAUGGCGCCGGGUACCACGUGAACGACAAGUUUGGCUUCGGCAUGAUGGACGCUACAGUGAUGGUGCACCUCGCACAGCAGUGGGUCAACAAGCCGCAACAGCGCGUCUGUGAGUCAGGGGAGAAAACAGUGGAUGCCAAUAUAUCGCCCGGCCAGUGCCACAAGGUAGAGUUUCCGUACCAAAGUUGCCAAGGCGACGACGCCACCAGCAUCACGAACCUUGAGCACGUGCAGCUACACGUGCAUGCAGAGGCCGCGCGCCGAGGGGACGUGGAGAUCUACUUGGAGUCGCCGGCCAGCACGAGGUCACUCCUGAUUAAACGCCGGAUGAAUGACGACAGCAAGGAGGCGAUCGAUUUCACGUUCUUGACGGUGCACAACUGGGAGGAGAACCCCGCCGGCACCUGGGUCAUCGAGGUCUGUAACACUGCAUCCGAGGGCCACCACGACUCUAAACCGAUGCACUUUACAAGCUGGGCGCUGACAAUGUACGGUUACCAUGACGAUGAUAAGAAAAAGUCAUUACCAGAGAAAGCCAAACGCCCGGAUGAGUCGGAGCUCCAGACGAUCAUGCGGCGCGAGUACGAUUUCUCAAGGUCAGUGACCUUGAAGAGGGCUGUUGACCUUGACACGGUCAAGAAAACUGAGGAGAUCAAGAAAGAGUUCGAUGAAAAAGCGGACAAAAUUCUCGGCACCAUGUCCCAUUUGUUUCAAGGUCGUUCGUUCAAGCUUAACGAUUUGUAUAAAAAUAAAAUGUAUAACAGAGGAUUGACUUCGCCGGAAAUUGCAGACGACUCAUCAGACGUGGAGUUCUCUGAUGAGAGUUUUGCCACCUUAAAGCGGGAACUAUUGGAGGCACUUAUAUCAAGGGAAAUCAGCGACCUUGAGAAGCCGCACAUCCGGGAGCACUCACAUGACGCCGAGCGACACCACGAAAUCACGAGACUACUUGAUGAUCUCGAGCAGUAUUUGAGUGAAAGAAAGAAGAAAUAAGCGAUGUCAGAUAUAUGCAUAUGUUGAUGACCUUUAGUAAGAAUCUCGUUUACCUAUCAAUCUUACAACAAAUAAAAUUAUUGAACACGCUUUGUCAAUCGAUUUCUAUGAUUUUCAAAAGUUAGUUUUGCAAUAUUUUAAAAUUGUAAUUCUGUUUGUUUAUUAUUUCCAAUUAUAUGUGCUUCCAAUUUGUUUACAAGAUUAAACUUACCUUAAUUUCUACUUUUUGUUAGCUCAUUUUUCAAAGGAAAUCCCUUUACUCUAUAUUCAGGUACUACAUCUUUUAUUUAUUUCUCAUGAUAUGCGGACGCUUUUGCUUUGGUGUUGGUGUGUUCUACUAAAUACUCGUUUCAUGUUCUGCAUUUCAAUCAAUUUACGUCGAACGCCUCACAAAUUCAUACAAUUCCCAAAUACUAAUUAUGAAAUGAAUCAUCUUUUUUUGUAAAACAUGUGUUCUUUGGCAGUUUUAUUUUGGUAAGCAGAUGUGGAAGCUUUUUUUAUAUUUCUUAAACAAAAAUUAUUCACUGUUAUAAUUGUGUAUUUAUUAUGAGUAAAUUGGCUGGUGUUUUUGUUACUGUUAAUUGUUGGAAUUUUACGUACCUUUUAUAUUUAUCUGGAUGGAAAAAAUUGUUACACAUUUUUCUUUUUUUGAAAUAAAACAAUCUACUGAAUUAA